AUGCUAAUUAUUUCAGGCUGUAAUAAACGUGAGAUUUAUGAGUACAUCGACAAGCUGUUGGCGAAGUAUGAUGCAGAUAAAACUGGGAUGGCAGACCAUGCUCUUGAAUCUUCAGGCGGUAGUAUUGUUAGUACUCGUUGUACCGAGACGUUUAAUCCGCGAACAAGACUAGAAAGCAUAUUUGGAAUGCCAUUAUGGUACUCUUCCUACUCGCCUAGGACUGUCAUACAGCCCCAUAUUUCUCCUGGCGAAUGUUGGGCAUUCAAAGGUAGUGUUGGCAGCCUCGUUAUUCAGCUUAGCGGAGUAGUCAAUAUAACCGGUUUCUCAUACGAGCAUAUUCCAAAAAGUCUCUCUCCCGAUGGAAAUAUUGAUUCUGCUCCAAGGCAGUUUUCCGUUUAUGUAAGUAUUUAUAUUUUUGCAUUGGUUGUAAUGGUCGUGAUACAAAUAAUGGCUGUGUUGUUUUCAGUGAAGUUUCUAAUUCUGCGCUAUUUUUUCAUUCCAAAUUUAGGGCCACUGUUUGAUAGAAGAGACUUGUUUUAA